UAGCCGCAACAAAAAAACCCAUUAUAAUUUAAUUUUAUUUAAUUUCCUUUCAUUUCUUCUUCUCUUUGAUCUGAGAAAAUCGAGAAAAACAUAGAGCGAAGAAAAAGAAGAAGAAGAAGAAGAAGAAGACAUUGUUCGUUGCUGUUAGAAACCCUAGCAAUAGCAGAGUGAUACAGAGAGAGAGAGAGAGAGAGAGAGAGAGAGAGAGUGUGUGUGAUUGAUUGAUGGUGAUGAUGAUCGGUGCGUAGUGCGGUGGUGACGAUGAUGAACACAGCGAACGGCAUGGUGUCUCCGUCGUCGACUUCAGCGGGUAACAACAACAACGCACAGUCGCCUGGUCUCAAGACCUAUUUCAAAACCCCUGAAGGCCGAUAUAAGCUUCAAUACGAGAAAACUCACCCUUCUGGUCUUCUUCAUUACGCUCAUGGCAAAACCGUUACUCAGGUAACCUUAGCACAUCUUAAGGACAAGCCUUCGCCUUCAACCCCGACGACGGCGUCGUCUUCGAGUUUUAGUGCCGGUAGUGGGGUGCGGUCAGCGGCAGCUAGAUUGCUGGGAGGAAGCAAUGGAAGCCGAGCACUUAGUUUUGUUGGAGGCAAUGGUGGCAGCAAGAGCAACGGGUUAAACAGUAGGAUUGGUUCAAUUGGUGCCUCGAGUUCAAGUAAUGCAGUGGCUAAUCCAAAUUUUGAUGGGAAAGGAACUUACUUGAUAUUCAAUGUUGGGGAUGCAAUUUUCAUAAGUGAUUUGAAUUCUCAAGACAAGGACCCCAUAAAGUCUAUUCACUUCAGUAAUUCAAAUCCCGUAUGCCACGCAUUUGAUCAGGACUCUAAGGAUGGGCAUGAUUUGCUCAUUGGCUUGAGCUCUGGGGAUGUCUACUCAGUGUCACUGAGACAGCAAUUACAGGAUGUUGGUAAAAAGCUUGUUGGGGCCCAGCAUUACAACAAAGAUGGUUCUGUCAAUAACAGCCGUUGCACUUGUAUUUCUUGGGUUCCUGGAGUUGAUGGUGCUUUUGUUGUUGCUCAUGCGGAUGGGAAUUUGUUCGUAUAUGAAAAGAACAAAGAUGGCGCUGGUGAUUCUUCAUUCCCAGUUAUCAAAGAUCAAACUCAGUUUUCUGUUUCCCAUGCACGGUAUAGCAAGAGUAAUCCAGUAGCCAGAUGGCAUAUAUGCCAGGGAUCGAUUAACAGUAUUUCUUUCUCAAAUGAUGGGGCAUACUUAGCUACUGUUGGACGAGAUGGGUAUUUGCGAGUGUUUGAUUACUUGAAAGAACAACUUAUAUGUGGUGGGAAAAGUUAUUAUGGUGCUUUGUUAUGUUGUGCUUGGAGCAUGGAUGGAAAAUAUAUUUUGACGGGAGGAGAAGAUGAUUUGGUUCAGGUUUGGAGUAUGGAAGAUCGCAAAGUUGUGGCAUGGGGUGAGGGACAUAACUCAUGGGUCAGUGGAGUGGCAUUUGACUCGUAUUGGUCAUCACCAAAUUCAAAUGACAAUGGAGAGACCAUUAUGUAUCGGUUUGGUUCCGUUGGUCAGGACACUCAACUGCUUCUAUGGGACCUGGAAAUGGAUGAGAUUGUAGUGCCUUUAAGGCGAUGCCCACCUGGUGGAUCACCGACAUACAGUACUGGAAGCCAGUCAUCCCACUGGGACAAUGUUGUCCCAUUGGGUACCUUGCAACCUGCUCCAAGUAUGCGAGAUGUUCCGAAAAUCUCUCCGCUGGUUGCUCACCGGGUGCAUACUGAACCACUCUCUGGCUUGAUAUUUACCCAGGAAUCCGUACUUACUGCCUGCCGUGAGGGCCACAUAAAAGUCUGGAUGAGACCUGGAGCUCCUGAGAGCCAACCAAGCAACUCGGAAACAUCGUUAGCUACUAGUCUCAAGGAGAAGCCUUUACUUUCGAGCAAGCUCAGCAAUUCUAGUUACAAAUAAUGACGAAAUCUUAACAUAAAGCGAAUUUUAAGCAAUUUUUUUCAAUAUGGUUUGUUUAUCUUUUAUCUGGUUGGUUCACAGUUUUAACAUCUUGAUUCAAGUAUAAAUGAACCAGCUGGUCUCUCUGUAUAUUCAGUAAUCACGGAUGAGAAUGCCAUUGAUGGAAGUGAGAGGAUGAGCAUGCCUCCUGUAAUUACCAAACGGCCAUUUAUUAGGGUGUCUGAUUAGGAAUUACAGGAAUAAUGUGAAAUUGGUCCUUAGAGAUCGGUACUUUCAAAGUGAAUACAAACAAGCCAUUAUUUAUUGUCUUA